AUGGAGGAGACGGCGCUAAUUGACGGGGUGCCUGUCCCGUGUGUGAUGGCCCGCAAUCAAGUGCUGGUGCUCUUCCCGCGUGGUCUCGCCGGUCUGCGGGCCUGCGACGGCAGUCAGGCGUUUGUUUUCCCCGACGACGACGGCGUCGUCCAUCUCACUCCGGGAGCCGCCUACACUCUCGCCCUGCAGAUGCCCACAACAACGACAACAAGAUAUCAACAACAGCAAUAUCAACAACAGCAACAGCAAGAAGAACAGAAUAUGGCAAAGUAUAGAUGCACGCGACAGGAGGCGGGGUCGUGGGCACCUAUUGUGGGAGCACCUCGUGUAGGAACAACCACGGGAAGUGGGGCGGUGGAGGAGUUUCUCUUUCGUCCACCAGGUGGUCCGGCCUUUUCUCAAGCUUCUUAUCCACGUGAAGGCAUGCGUCCACCUUCUACACGUGAGGUUGGAUAUUACUCACAAAAUAGGAAUAACUCGUUUAAUCUCGGUAAAGCAUGUUCUACGGUUGAAGAAGAAAUGAGACGCCAAACUGAAGAUCUUUCUGGAGAAUUAUUCUGCUGUUCACCAGAAAUACGUUUAAAUGAACGUCCAGGGAAACUCAUUCAAGAUCGUGUACAUGAGUAUGUUUUCCUUCCCAUGAUUGCCAUUCGUAUAGCUGAUACACUUGAAUUUCAACGACUUCGUACCUUAAAACAACUUGGAACAGCUGUUUAUCUUUAUCCAGGUGCAACACAUACACGAUUUGAACAUUCUAUAGGUGUAGCUCACCUUGCUUCUGAGAUGGUUAAUCACAUUUCAAUCUGUCAACCUGAGUUGGGUAUUACACGUGCUGAUAUUCUCAGUGUAACAAUAGCAGCUCUUUGUCAUGAUAUUGGUCACGGUCCUUUUAGUCACUUAUUUGAACACGUAGUUAAUCGUAUUCGAAUGGCAAAAAGACCUCAACAUUUAUGGCAUCAUGAAGAAAUGUCAGUCCGCCUUUUAAGGCGUAUUCUUUCACGAUUAAAUCUUUCUAGUUAUGGUCUUACUGAAGAAGAUGCUCAUUUUAUGGAACUUUGUAUAUCAGGUUUAGCACCACGAGCACAGUGGCCAAAUAAUAUUGGUAGACCACCUAGUAAACGUUUUCUUGUGGAUAUUGUGGCAAAUAAAAGAAAUGGUAUUGAUGUUGACAAACUUGAUUACUUUUUACGAGAUUCACUUGGCUGUUAUGGACGUGCAGCUGUUGAUGUUCAUGUCCCUCGACUUUUAAGUGCAUGUAAAGUUAUCUGCUUUGAAGGUGAAUAUCAAAUAUGCUUUGAGGAAAAAAUGGCUCUUAGUUUGGGUGAUAUAUUUAAUGUUCGUGCAAAGUUACACAAACAUGCUUAUCAACAUCGUAUUGUAAAAGUCACAGAUUAUAUGGUAUCAGACGUCCUUUAUGAAGCUGAUCCAUACUUUAAAAUACGUGGAAAAGAUGGUCAACUUAUUCGUAUGUCUGAAUGUGUAGAAGAUGAAGAAGGUUUUUGUCAACUUGGGGAUUGGGUUUGGAAUGCCAUUGCUGCUUCUGGUGACCCACAGCUUGCGAAGGCCCAAUCCAUUAUAAAACGUAUUAAUGAACGUGAUUUAUAUACAGUAGUUGGUAUGGCAUUGUUUGCGCGUUAUCAAGUACGUCUUACAGAGGAAAGUAUACAAGAAGAGAUUUUGAGUUAUUGUUUACCAAUGGAGGAUAAUCCAGAGUGGCGAGAUGCGGUUGAGGCAACAUUAAUUGUUUCAUUUAUUUCCAUUACAUUUGGCAGUAGUGAUGAUCAUGGUAUACCAGAUGAUCCCAUUAAUCACGUGGCUUUUUACAAUCCAAAGAAUAUGGAAUUUGGGGCUUUUAAACUUCCCAAACGACGCAUGAGUCCUCUCUUCUCACCAAGUGAAUAUGGUGAGAAACUUGUUAUUGUAAUGGUACGUGAUAGAGUUUUUAUGGAUGUUGUUGCCGCCGCAUUUGAAACAUGGAAAGAACAUAAUGAAAGACACCUUGGAGUGGCUGUACCGACACAUAAUAUGAGAAAAGAAGAAAGUCCUGGUAAGGGCUCUACUAUGGCAAGACGAAUAACGGAGAGUUUAAGUACUUUUAACGGUGAUGAAUUCCUUCCCAAUUUGUUUCAACUUUCAGGGAAUUCUCGACAAGGAGAUUUCCCUAAUAAUGAACCCCAACAGAUGCAGCAAUCACAACAUCAGCAGGGGUCAACUGAUGAAAAUACAUCUGAUAAUAAAACAGAACAAUAUAUUAAGCCAGAAGAAAAUGGAGAUGAAAGACCUAGACGAAAACGUUCUCGCAGUUUAGAAUAA